UUCUACUCUCUUUGUAGAACCACUCCGCUUGUCCAUUCGUCCACUCGAAUUAUCCCCUAAAUCCCCUAUAAAUAUCACCUCCAUUCGACUUCUUAUCCACAAAUGGCUUCACUCACAGGGCUUUCAGCUUCCGUCACGCGUAUCCUCUAUCUGACCGGAUUCCCGAAGGAACUAAAGACCAAGGACAUACAGUCUGCAUUCUCAGAAUGGGAGAAUGUUAAUGGUGGUUUUAAGAUCAAAUGGAAGGACGACACUUCUUUAUUGAUCGUCUUCCAGGAUGCGUCUACUGCUAAACGUGCAUAUCUGCAUACCCUGGCUUUUCCUCCCGCUAUCCUGACAUCUGCAGCCGGUGUUCCAGCCUCUAUCAGGCCAUAUGACGGCGAAGAUGCCCAGUCUGUCAUUCAGACCGUAAAUUCUCGCGGUCAACAUCCCAAUCCAACUCGUCACAACAGUCGCUCCGCUUCCAUCUCUGUCUUUCCAGCUGCCCGCUCAGUGUCAGGGCCCAUGCCGACUAACGGUUUCCGUCAUAACGGUACUGGUAGCAUCGCCCAGCAUGUCGUUAUCCCGGAAUAUCAAACCAACGGCCGUGAGCCGUCCCCAACAUUACCCAACAUACCUUCUCACCCUACACUCAAUUCUUUGAUCAGUUCUUCUUUGGGCGAAGCUGUGUCCAACCCCAGUCCUCCGUCGGAUCCCGCUAUUUUGGCUACUAGUCUCAGCUCGGAUUUCAGCUCAUUGGUGGGCGGACCAAGGAUUGGAGACCCCGGAAAGAGGAUGCUCGGCGCUGCGUUGGGCGUGAGACAUCCCUCUUUAGGGCCUCGAGCAAUCAAUGGCAGCGGCUCUCCAACACCUGGUGGUGUUGAUCAAGCCAUGAACGCUGUGCAGCGGGCCAUGGGUGGAUUGGUAGUUGCUGAAUAAUCCACUCAAAGCUAUCUUUCUCUUUGUUGAGAUGGAAUACGAUAGUGAUGUGUUGGUACAGUUAUCAUACGGCCUCGUUUCCCUCUC